UCCUUUUAAUAAGGUACCAUUCUAUAGAUCCUUUGUACCAUUUUGGUACAAAUUUUGGUUCUCUGGGAAUCAAAACAGUCUGUUCACCACGUCAUCCAGUCUGCUCACCUUGCUAUACAAUCUGUCAUCUUAAUUCUGUUUGCUAUGAGGAAUUUAACAUGUCAACAAUAAUUGCCAGUAACUUUUUUGUGUAUUAUCUUCUUUUAAAUACCACAUGGAUGGCAUCUGACACCGUCUGUAAUGCUGAAUUUAAUGGAAGUUGAUAAAUGUUAUUCUGUGAUUCUCCUUUAUAAAUGCAGACAUAUAUAUAUAUAUAUAUAUAUAUAGUAUUAUAUUUUGUCUCUUUCAUUAUAUAGAAUGUUUAAAUGGUUAACAUUUGUGCUGCAGUAUAGCUUUCUGGCUCAUGAAAAAUGAAAGCUAUCAGCGAUCUGGGCAAUAAGAUUCAUCGCCAAUAGUCACUAGCAACAGCACACAGCAUUUUAAUAUCAGCGAGGUCCACAGCUAGCAGUAAGAGCUGGUGUAAUUGAAAGACGUUUAGGUGCAAUCAUUCUGCUGUUUGUUCCUUGCCAGGUUCAACAUGGGAUUGUCUCGCAAAUCAUCAGAUGCAUCUGCUUGCUCUUCUUCAGAAAUAUCUGUGAAAGAGUUUCUAGCCAAAGCCAAAGAAGACUUUUUGAAAAAAUGGGAAAAUCCUCCUCCGAAUAAUGCUGGACUUGAGGAUUUUGAAAGGAAAAAAACCCUUGGAACAGGUUCAUUUGGAAGAGUCAUGUUGGUGAAACAUAAAGCCACUGAACAGUAUUAUGCCAUGAAGAUCUUAGAUAAGCAGAAGGUUGUUAAACUGAAGCAAAUAGAGCAUACUUUGAAUGAGAAAAGAAUAUUACAGGCAGUGAAUUUUCCUUUUCUUGUUCGACUGGAGUAUUCUUUUAAGGAUAAUUCUAAUUUAUACAUGGUUAUGGAAUAUGUCCCUGGGGGUGAAAUGUUUUCACAUUUAAGAAGAAUUGGAAGGUUCAGUGAACCUCAUGCACGGUUCUAUGCAGCUCAGAUAGUGCUAACAUUCGAGUACCUCCAUUCACUAGACCUCAUCUACAGAGAUCUAAAACCUGAAAAUCUUUUAAUUGACCAUCAAGGUUACAUCCAGGUCACAGACUUUGGGUUUGCCAAAAGAGUUAAAGGCAGAACUUGGACAUUAUGUGGCACUCCAGAGUAUUUGGCUCCAGAAAUAAUCCUUAGCAAGGGCUACAAUAAGGCAGUGGAUUGGUGGGCAUUAGGAGUGCUAAUCUAUGAAAUGGCAGCUGGUUACCCCCCAUUCUUUGCAGACCAACCAAUUCAGAUUUAUGAAAAGAUUGUUUCUGGAAAGGUCCGAUUCCCAUCCCACUUCAGUUCAGAUCUCAAGGAUCUUCUACGGAACCUGCUGCAAGUGGAUUUAACGAAGAGAUUUGGAAAUCUAAAGAAUGGUGUGAGUGACAUAAAAACUCACAAGUGGUUUGCCACAACAGAUUGGAUUGCUAUUUACCAGAGGAAGGUUGAAGCUCCAUUCAUACCAAAGUUCAGAGGCUCUGGAGAUACCAGCAACUUUGAUGACUAUGAAGAAGAAGAUAUCCGUGUCUCUAUAACAGAAAAAUGUGCAAAAGAAUUUGGUGAAUUUUAGAGAGGAACAAUAAGAUGACAUCAAUCUUUGCUCUCUGUUGAGAGAUAAGGUGGAGCUGAGACCGUCCUUGUUGAAGCAGUUACCUAGUUCCUUCAUUCCAGCAACUGAGUGAGGUCUUUAUUGCCAUCAUCCGUGUAUGCACUCUGCAUCCACCUAAGCAACAAGGCACCGCUAAGCAAGCAUUGUCUGUGCCAUGACACAGUGCUAGACCACUUUCCUACUUCUCUUUGGGUUGUCUUUCUCCUCUCCUGCAUCCAUCUCUUCCUUUCUCAACUUCAUUAGUUUUCCCUAAACAGUGCUCCAUUUUAUCUGAUUAGUGUUUCAGAUAGGCAGUGUUACGGCUACGUGCUAUUUGAAGGGAAGGGUAAGUGUUGCUUUCAGUCGUUCUUUCCAAUAUUUCUGUUGGUCAAUGGCUUCAUAAACUUUCUAAUAAUUAUUUGUACUUUGAGUAGCUCAGGCUCAGUUUUGCCAAAACUCUUGACAAUUUUCAAGGGUAGCAUGUCUUAUCAUCAAGGAAAUUUAUACAAAUUUAAGAAACACAGUAACUUUGUUGGAAUUCUGGCAAUAAAUUUGGAGAGACGAAUACGGAGUAGCUGGAUCCAGCAAUUUGGAUUGCUAUAGAUCAAAAGUUCUAUUUCCCUUUGCCUCUUUUUACGUCAUCCUCCCCUUGAGCAAUGAAGUGACCAGCCUGUGUAGUGCGACAAGUGUGUCUCACUCAGCAGGAUAAACUAAUGAUAUGGAUCAUCUCCCAGAUUCUCUCACCUGGUACCAGCAUGCCUGUAGGUGUUAGAGAAGAGUUCUAAGUUUUCUCAACCUUAACUCUUCCAUAAGGAUGUUAGCCAGUAUUUUAAUAGAACAUGAUUAAUCAAAGUGACAAAUUUUGAAGUUUCUCAAAUAGGUCCUCAUUGUAAACUUUUUAAAGGAAAAGAAGCAAACUAAAAAGAGCGUUGGUUUGGAUAAAUGCUUUGCUAAGUCAAAUGGCUUGAUUCUUGCAAACAAUGUAGAGGUACUCUUAUUUAAAGUGAGGGUUUUCUGUUUAUUUUGUAACCCUUAAGAACACACGAAGUUGUUACCAGCUGGUUACUCUGGUGUACUAUACUUGUGAGCCUAAGGUAGGGGCACUACUGCAACUUCUGCUUUCAUCCCAUGCUUUCUUUGUCAAGGAGGAAAGGGGACAAGUUUAUAAAACUGCCACACUUGUAAUUUUGAGGUGUGAUACUUUCAGAUGUCAUAAUUUUUAACUUCUUAUCUCUCAGUAAGCAGAAUGUGUGAUCAUACAGAUACGAUUUUAGUAUUUGAGUUUAGUUUUUUCUUCUAUACUUUCUUCCCAGCUGACUUAACAACAUUGAUGUCAGAUGGAAAUGUCAAGCACUUUUGCACACUUGGUUCAGUGUUUGUUGAGAAUCCAUGGCUUAACCGAGUUGUUUUGCUUUUUGUUUGUUUGUUUGGCUUUUUAAGUUUCCCCAACUGGUUUUAUCUCUGUGUCUCAGUGACCUAUAUAUUAAAACAACACACCAAAAUGGUUUAAAAUAAACCCUGCGUUCAUUUUUUAUGAUCAGUUUACAUUCAUAUAAAAUGAAUUGUUUUUAAUCAAACUAAUCUUCAUGUAUAUAAUCAUUCUAUUUGCUUCAUUAUCGGUGCAGGUAGGUCACUGACACCACUGCUUUUUAUCUGUACCAUACCCUUGUAAAACCUUUGAAGACAUCAAAAAAUCCUGCCUGAAAUGUUCUCUCCACCGAUCUAUAUGUCUUUUGGUUGUCAAGUGUUUCUGCAUGGUAAUGUCACGUAAAGGCUGACGCUGAUUUUAGUUGGUCCACUCAUAUUUAAAAUGUGUAAGAAAAAUUUGAAAUACUCUUGCUGUAGCAAGUUUUAUGUAAUAAAGAUAUAUCAUCAUGUUAAUAAAUUUAAAACAUCAUUUGUAGAAAAUAUUUUAAUUUUUUUGUAUUUCAGUUAGCCCCAGGAACAUGCUGAUCAUUGUAUUCUAUAUGUAUGCUACAAAUUCUAUGGUAGCUUUGUUGUAUAUUAUUGUAAAAUUAUUUUAAUAAAUCAUGGGGAUGACAAUUUGAUUAUUACUAUUUAGUUUUCAGUAACUGAAAAGAUUUCUAUGAAUUCUAAAAAUAUUUUUUUCUAUGAAAUUACUAGUGCCCAGCUGUAGAAUCUGCCCUGGGUAGUGACCCCUAGACAUACAUUGGUAUUGAGGGCUGUGCAGCCAUUCCAUUUUACUCUCUAUUUAUAGGACAUGAGCAAGCUUUCAAAUGUGUCAAGGGAAUCUAUUUCCAACCAAUCGAGUACUCUGAAUUAGAAUAUUUUUAAGUUCCCAAUCUCAGGCACAAUUUAGCCAAGAACAAGAUAAAAACUUGAAUAAGAAAUAAGUAGCAUAAAUCAGUAUUUAACCUCAAACUACAUUAUUUGGAACAGAAAAGACGUUUUUGCUCAAUAAAUAAGAGAUGGCAUUGUAUAAGAAGGGACCCUAGAGUGAAAGUCAAGACAUCUGAGUUUCAAGCCAGAAAACUAUCAGUAUGACCCUGGCCUCAGUUCUCUUAUCUAUAAAAUGGGAGAGUUAGAUUAGGCAGUUUCGAAGGUUCCUUCUAACUUUCACAGGUUAUGACAAGAUUCUCUUUUUAUCUGAUGUUUUGGAGAGAUAUCAUGCUUUGAAGUCUCAGUAAGGCGGCAUAUUUUAGGGCAUCUUUCUUCUUAUCUCUGACAGUGUUCUUACAAUUCUAUGAAUAUCAUAAGAACCUCUUGUCUGUCCUAAUUCCUUCCUUAUUUAUUGAUACUGAAUACCCAGUUGAUAUUAAACCAUCAACCUACCAAAAAAGAUACUGUGGCUUAUGGGAAUUGCUGUCUUAUUCUUGGUAUGUUCUUGCAUUGACUGCCCAUUGGCCUGAAAAUACUCAUUGUAAACCCGAAAAAAAAAAUCAUUUUUUUCCCACUGUUUCUCUGCUUGUUGUAAGAAUCAAAUGAAAUAAUGUAUGUGAAAGCACCUUGUAAAAUGUAACCUAUCCAUGUAAAAUGUUAAGGUGUGUUGUUAUUUCAUUAAUUACUUCUUUGUUUAGAAUGGAAUUUCCUAUGCACUACCAUAGCUAGGAAAUGCUGAAAACAACUGUUUUUUAAUUAAUCAAUAACUGCAAAAUUAAAGUAUCUUCAAUGGAUAAGACAA